UUAAACUUCAACGCUCCAGAGCCCUGAGCAUUUCAUUUCCUGGUCUUCAUCAUAUACAUAUACUUACUGCAUUUCUUCUGUUCCAAUUUCACAACCCUCAACUAUUUGAGAAGAAAUCAAAUCCAAUUUCUCACUCUAAGGCACGCAUUCUCCCUAAUACAUUAUAUUCAUCUUCAUACUAUUUCAGCAAGCUUUAAUUUGGGAGCUGGGAUGAUUCCUUUUAAGUUGCUCGACUCUCAUACAAAGGUGAGAAGCUGAAGGUGAUCAUGAAGGACUCAACAAUGGUCAAACCAGCAAAACCCACACCAGCAAAGAGGCUGUGGAACUCCAACUUGGAUUUGAUAGUGGGCAGAAUCCAUCUGUUGACUGUGUAUUUCUACAAGCCAAACGGGUCCCCAAAUUUCUUUGAUUCAAAGGUGAUGAAGGAGGCUCUCAGCAAUGUUCUGGUCUCAUUUUACCCCAUGGCUGGGAGGUUGGCUAGGGAUGAGGAAGGGAGGCUGGAGAUUGACUGUAAUGGUGAAGGGGCUCUGUUUGUUGAGGCUGAAAGUGAUGCCACCAUUGAUGACUUUGGUGACUUUGUCCCAAGUUUGGAGCUUAGAAAGUUCAUUCCUUCUGUUGAUACUUCUGGGGAUAUCUCUUCUUUCCCACUAGUCAUUUUCCAGGUAACACGAUUCAAGUGUGGUGGAGUGUGUCUUGGAACGGGGGCGUUUCACACACUGUCUGAUGGAGUAUCCUCCCUCCAUUUCAUCAACACCUGGUCAGAUGUGGCUCGUGGCCUCGCUGUUGCAGUCCCACCAUUCAUUGACCGCACCCUCCUUCGUGCCAGGGACCCUCCGACCCCAGCGUUCGCACACAGUGAGUAUGACCACCCUCCCAAGCUCCUGUCAUUACCCGAAGCCAAAUGCGCCCCUAACGCCAACACCGCCAUGCUCAAAAUCACCCAAGACCAACUUGUUCAUCUCAAGAGCAAGUCCAAACAUGAGGGUAGCACAUAUGAGAUCCUAGCAGCCCACAUAUGGCGGUGUGUUUGCAAGGCCCGCGGACUGCCCGACGACCAACCAACAAAGCUCUAUGUUGCCACCGAUGGGCGGUCCCGCCUUUGCCCUCCUCUUCCACCGGGCUAUUUAGGUAAUGUGGUUUUCACAGCUACACCAAUGGCCGAAUCGGGAAGUCUCCAAACUGAACCACUCACAAACUCAGCGAAGAGAAUCCACUCCGCGUUGGCUAGGAUGGACGAUGGGUACCUGAGGUCAGCCCUCGACUUCUUGGAAUGCCAAAAGGAUUUGUCCAAACUCGUGCGCGGCUCAACCUACUUUGCAAGUCCCAACCUAAACAUCAACAGCUGGACUAGGUUGCCCGUUCACGAGUCGGAUUUCGGUUGGGGAAGACCGGUCCACAUGGGGCCAGCCUGCAUUUUGUAUGAGGGGACGGUGUACAUAUUGCCCAGCCCGAACAAGGACAGGACGUUGACCUUAGCGGUGUGUUUGGAUGCUGAACAUUUGCCACUCUUCAAGAAACUCUUAUAUGAUAUAUAAUCCAAACUUCCCAACAGUGUGAUGAUAGAACCGUUUUUGGAUUUAACUAUAGUGUUUCCUUCCCACGUCCCUUUUUGUCUCUGCCUUCAAAAAAUAAGUGCUACCUCUAUGAUAUGAUAGGAAGGAAUAUGUAUCUCUUCAAUUCUUCAUCCAUCCAUCCAUGUUUUUUUGCAAUAAUAGAACUACUUCUGUUAUUCCACUUCAUCUACGUCUAUUACUAGGUACUUCUUAUAUGAUACGAAGGAAUAUGUAUCUCUUCAAUCUCAUUUAAAACAAAAGCUGGUGCUAAAAUAGUGUAUUGGAGCCCAAUGCCUGAUUGGGUCUAGGGUGAUACGGUUAUGGUUUUUCUUGGAACCGACAUUUUAUCAAAGAAUCGGAAUCAGAUGGUUCUUGAUCUGAGACUAGAAAUGACAAAAAACAGACAAUGAAGAAAUCAGUUUGGGAGCAGAGUAUAAAAUAAAACUGGUUGUCUUUUCAUAAACUUAUGCAACUUGAAUAACAAGAUUUAACGGGGAACUGUUCACAAUACAAGGAAAAACACAAUUUCAUGGGUCAGGAGUCAGGACUCCGGAUUGCGGGGAGCACUGGAGCCUCGAAUCCAACGUGCACAUAUUUCUCAAUUUACCUGAGCACGAUUUUGACGAGCAAACUACAAUGGGGGAUGUGCGUAAUUUUCACAUUUGACAUUUCACUUUGACCAUCUCCAACAGUUUACGCCAUUUUUUACACUAAAAUGGUGUAAACAUCACAUCAUACAGUAUUUUAUCUCCAACAGUUUACACCAUUUUCAUCACCAAAAAGGAAUAUUCCAUUUUUAUUCUUUUUACUAACUUUUUACCAUUCUUAUAUUUAAGUAUCUAAUUAUCAUAUAUUUAUACAUUAGCCCCUCAUUUAAUAUUUUGAAAUUUCACACAUUAUUUUACACAUACAAACU